CUGGUUCCUGGCUGCGAGCGGAGAGGCUAAAGGGGCUGGGCUCGUAGUGGAGAAAUGGCGAGUAUGGAGAGGCAGGACGGGCGUGGAGUAGACACAUCGAGCCCAGAGCCGCAGACACCGGCCCGGGCAGCGGCCAGAUGGGGCUCACAACACGCGGGGGCCCGGGAACUAGCCAAUUUAUACUCGCCAGGCAAGAGGUGUCAGGAGUGGAUAAGUGUCAUCCUUUGCUUUUCUCUUAUGGCCUUUAACUUUAUUCAGCUUCUCGCCAAUUUCCACCUGGGUCAUGUCUGGUACAUUCUGUUGGGCAUUGUUGCAGGAAUACUGACAGCAGAUUUUGCCUCAGGACUGGUUCAUUGGGGAGCAGAUACAUGGGGCUCUGUGGAUUUGCCUGUUUUUGGAAAAGCUUUUAUAAGACCAUUCAGAGAGCACCACAUCGACCCCACAGCCAUCACACGUCACGACUUCAUUGAGACCAAUGGAGACAACUGUAUGCUCACCCUGGUCCCUUUAGCUAACAUGGCCUUCAACUUCCUGACUCUCUCUCCUGCGGAGAUCUACCAUAUCUAUCCAUUCUACUGCUACUUGUUUGCACUGGGAAUUUUCGUGACGCUGACGAACCAGAUCCACAAAUGGUCGCACACGUACUUUGGGCUGCCGCGCUGGGUGGUGUUUCUGCAGGACUGUCACAUCAUCCUCCCCCGAAAGCACCACCGCAUCCACCAUGUAGCCCCACACGAGACCUACUUUUGCAUCACAACAGGUUGGCUGAAUUACCCUUUAGAAAAACUGGGAUUCUGGAGAAACCUGGAGGACCUGAUCCAGGGAGUGACGGGAGAGAAGCCCAGAGCAGAUGACCUAAAGUGGGCUCAGAAAGUCAAAUAACUGCCCCCUACCUCAGAAGACAGCAGCCAUUUUCAGGCGUCUCAUCCCCCUUUCGCCUCUUUAAAACUUAUUGGAAAAGGAAAUCUAACCGUUUUGAUGCCAUAGCUUUAAGUAUUACACAUUUUAUCUAAUCUUCAGGAGGGCUUUAUUGAUGGUGUAUGUCUGACUGCAGACCUUUGCUGUUUGCAGGGCCUAUAUCUUUUUACUUAUUAACAUAACACACCAUUCUGUCCAAAUUUACAUGUUAUGCUCAAAAAGUUUGGUCAAAAAAAUGUGAAGUCACUCUAAAAUCGCCUAAACAAUACCUGAAAAAUACUAUUAACCAUGGGGAAAUUGCUCCUCUUAAAAUAGGAAAUGACAAACAAUGUCAGUCUGUGCUAAACAUAGUGACUUGGAGCAUAACCAAUGUUGAAAGCAAAUGAACAAAUAGGUUUCUGUUACAUUUAAUUCUUAUAAAAAACAUUUAUGUGAAUAUUUUGGUAAAACACAGCCACCCAUGUCUGGGAAAGAUGAUAGGUCUAAAAUAACAUUGCAAAGGUUACUGAAAAGAUGAUCUUGAGAGAGCACAUAAUACAUUACAAUAUACAUUGGAGAUCAAUAUAACUUCUGUAGGUCAGUCUCACAUAGCUAACACACUCUACCUUUUUAUUGGGUGAAUUAAGGAGGUCACAUCUCCAUAUAUUUUAUCUGUCUUAAUUUACAAGAGGAACACGUUUCCUCCAAUCUGCCUUAUGUACUUCUGAUGCAGUAAAGAUACAGAGGUUUAAGCAGCGCCAGAUGAGUAGCAGUUUCCUCUAUCUGAGAUUAAGGUCUCAGAAAGAGCUCCAUUGAAUUGUGCCAAACCUAAACACAUGAUCCCACUCCUCAAACAUGAAAUGUAGACUGACCAGCUUCAGUUUCAGGGCUAAACAUGCACAAGUAAUGUCCACAUGUCCACUGACUAUUGCCUUGGCAUUGCCAUAUUGGUUGGGGCUUCUGUGAGGUUUGAAGAUCCAUAAUUUCUCCACUUUGUAAAGUAGAAACAUUGUGUCAUGUUUUUCUAUUUGUAAACAUGGUGUAUAGCCGUGAACUAUGCAGCAGAGUAGAAUGACUGUACCUUUAUGUCUUAAAUUUAGGAUUUGAUUCAAAUGCCUUUAUUUUGUAUUUCACACAGUGAGCAACAUGUGGGGAGAUGGAGCUCAUUUACAACAGCAUGGCAACAUUUGUUUAAAUACUUAGAUGUCACAAACAAACAUAAGGUUGCAUGCAUCUGGCAUGUUGGCUUGUGCAAGCAAUACACUGUCACCAGCCUCUAUGGGAUAACACUCCUGAUAACACUCCAAGGGGAAAUGAAAGCCCACCAAAACAAAUACCUCAAAGGUUUAGAAAAGACAGAUUUACAAGGAUCCUAUAAAAAGUGAUACUGUAAAAAUCAGAAACAUGUAAUUUGUUUUAUGUAUUCGUUUUGAUUCCUUCUACUUGAUUCUUGUAUAUAAUAGGUCAAUGAUCAGAGUACACUGCGGAUUGCACAUUGCUGGUUGGACGUUUUUGGGAAAAGUCCUCUUUGCUUCGUGAUUUGAUGUUAGCAAAGUGUUGGGUGAUAUCUUCAUCAAAAAUUUGAAUUCCUACUUAAAGCUUUUUCAUUAUUAUAUGGACACAUUUUGUGUUUUGGCUUAAAUAUUGAUCAAACAUAGGUGACGAUAGAUGCCAUAAUCUGUAAACUUUGUAAAUUAAACCGGAAGUAUUUAGAAAUAAGCCAUACUACUACAAAGUUUGUGAACAUAAUAAUUUAAAAUGACAAAAUUAUUUUAUUUAAAAUUUUGCAUUUUUGCUAAUCUGAGGACCACAGUAGGUGAUCUAGUUUAUAAUGUAGCAUUGGUGUCAAGUGCUGAAAAUUCACCUGCUGUUUUUGAAGUGCAGUAGUUUGUGGUUCUCAUUUUUUUGCUAAUAAUGAAAAGGAUUCAAAAGCCUGAGGUUUCACUUAAGCAAUAGACUCAAAGUUUCUUUUUACAAAGGUUUUUGUGGUUACUUGUUUCAAGAAAGCUCCUGUCAAGUUUAAAAAUAUGUUCUAAAAUGGUUCUUUUGGAUAUGAAGUUGGAUGUUUUCUAUUUUGUUGGGUGAUGAAAUACUGUAGUUUUGUAAAAAAUAAUCAGUUGUUCUUGAAUGGCCUUAUCCCCCUUUACUUUACUGUAACUGUUGCCAGCAUUAUAGGAAGCAAUCCACUGAUUUGAUAUUCUACCCCAUUUGGAUGUGGCGGGUGGUUGCCAAUGGAGGAGUUAAGAUAUCAGAAUAAUGCCUUGAUGCCUUUCAGUUGUCUUCUAUUUGGAAGACUUGUACAUAUUGAAAAAUAUUUAUAAAUAAACUGCUACACCAAUGUU